AUGUCAGAAAGGGGGGGAGAAGUUACAACUGCAGCUCCAAAACUGUGGUACGAUGCGUUGGGGGAAACGCUGUACAGCCUUGUGUCUUUCAUGGAAGGCUACGACCAACAGGUGUUGUCCAUGUGUAUGCGGGCUUUUGAGUUAACGUUGGGGUUUUCUCAAUCUCAGUUGUCUACUUUGGCAACCGUAUCCACUAUGUCCCGCAUGGGUUGCUGCAUAAUUUGGGGAUUAUUGGCAGACCUGCAUGAGUCAAACUACGUGCUUGGUGGUGGCCUGUUAGUGAUGGGUAUGGCUUCGGUUUUUCUAAGUUCCGCGUCGCACUACAAAGUGGUUCUAUUUUUGCGUUUCUUACAUGGCCUUGGUUUUGCGUGCGUUUACCCCGUGCAACAAAAGAUUGUUUCCGAUUCAACUGAUUCAAAGGAUUCAAAACAAUCAAAGGAAGAGAAGGAAUCAAAGGCUAAUACUAUAUUCACACGCCUCCAGGCUCUAAACUGCAUCGGGCGUCUGUUAUGCGCCGUCAUAACCACGCUGAUUGCCCGUAAAAUAUUGUUGGGCUAUUAUGGCUGGCGGACAUCCUACGUUGUGUUGGGGUACGUAUGGAUAUUGUUUGGCAUUGCAAUUACAUUUGGAAUGGAAAGUAAAAAAUGUCAGGAAGUAAACAGCGACUCUCAAGGUAAGAAUGACUUUAAAACGCUUAUAUCGAACGCCUUUAACGAAGUAUUCACGAAUGCGACAGCAGGGAUAUCCAUAUUUACUAUAUUCAUCGCAGAAGCUCCAAUGUGCGCUUUUAAUUAUAUGACCAUAUACUUGCAAUAUUUGGGAGUCUCUGACGUAAUGGCAGGCGUUGCUAUUGCAGUUACACUAAUAGGGGGCGCAGCGGGAAGUGGAGGGGGCGGGCAAAUUAUAAAGGAGUUAUCAAAACACGCUAAAGGAUACGGCGAACUUAGUUCCGGAUGUAUAGUAAUGAUCAUACGACUAGUUGUGUGUCUGUUGUUCUUCCUAGGGAACCCACCAUGUGGGAAGUUGCUUUGGUAUCAUUAUGUGGAGUUGGCAACACUUGGGGGGACAUUAGUUACCAUGGGCGCGGUAGACAGAACUGUUAUGCUUAAUGUAAUUCAAAAACAGUCUCAGGCAACGGCAUCCGCCAUAGUUCGAACCAUAUCAGGCAUCGCCAGUAGUGUCAUUCUCUUCCAGGUUUGUGCAUAUUUGACAGAGAAGGUGUUCGGCUACGUACCUUCUAGGGAGUCUUUUGAAACCAUGGAUGCAUCUGUUAAAGAAAGAAACGCCGAAGCCCUGCGGAAAUCCAUGAUGUACAUUAUAGUGGCAGGUACAUUACUAAACCUUGUUUGCUACGUUGCGAUGUUUUUUACCUAUCCACAAGCUAGAAUAAAUAAAGAUGAUGAAAAGGUACAAGUAGAAGCAUCAACAUCCUAA